AUGUCGGUCGUGGCGGAAGCGGCCAUAUCUGUUCGAGAUGAUCCGAUACCGCCCUUUAAUUAUGAAUUCGUCAUCUUCCUCCUAAUUUGUUCCAUACUGGCCAUCUUCUUCCUCAACUAUUUUAACCGACUCUUCGCCUCGAUCGCCUCAUACGGCAUUCGCACGUGGACAUGGCACCAAUACCGAGUCUACUUCGAUGUGAGCGCCUUGCAAAUAUCCCUUUUGGGCGGUCGAAUCUUCUUCACCGGCCUGCGCUAUCAUGGGCCCAACGAGACAUUCCUCGUCCAGAGCGGCUAUGUGACAUGGCGAUAUUGGUUUCGACACGUGCGCGAAGUCGAUAUCCUUACCGACGGUCAGCCUGCCGACCUUUCGACCUCGAGCGUGGAUAAGAACUCGAAACUGCCCUGCCGAAUCAAUGUCGAUCUUAUUGGUGUGGAAUGGUUCGUCUACAACCGCGGCCCUGCGUAUGACUCUAUACUUUCUGGCCUCACGAACUCUGCGCCUCCUGACGUGGAAGGGCGCUCUUCCUCAACCGAGCAUAAUGGCGACCACGACAAGUCUGGUGUUCGUCCGCGUGUCCCAAGGCGAGGCUCCAACGGCGGCCACGAUCCCUUGCCAGUACCAGGAAACCAUAAUACAUCAUCAGAUGGAGGGGCUCGGGCAGAGAACGGGAAAUCGUUAGAAGGUACAAGGCCAACCAGGGAUCACUCCACCUCAGUUUCUGGGAGCUCUGAUGCUCAAGAAACUAAACCUAAGAAAGCGUCGGAUCUUCCCUUCUUAUUACAGCUGUUUCCGAUACAUGUCAAUUGCCGAAAGGCAGCGGCUGUUAUAGGCAACCAGAAUACCAAGGGUGUGCUUAUUGUCAAGGCGGAUGCAGUAAAUGCCGAUAUUGACGCAUCAGAAACCAAAACGGUUGAUCCUUAUCGCCAGACUUUCAAAGUUCAAUUUGAACAUCCCGUCAUUGAAAUGAAGGAUAACGAAGACUAUCAAGAGGAUCAGGCGUCCCGAGCCACACAUCCAAACGCAGGCGAGAUCCAGGAGCCUCAUAUCAUGGAUGUUUUCUUCCGAAAAGCAUUUAUUUUUGCCCACAUCUUCAGGAGAAUCACUUCUUGUUUCCGUCCAGCUGUUCUUGAACCAUCAUCCGAAGAGCAUGAGUUGAUCGGAAGGGGUCGAACGAGAGUACCCGGAUCCAAGCAAUGGCAGGGCCUAUCGAGGUACCUAGAUGAUCAGGAUGAAGAUGACUUGGCCCGGUGGUCAUCUGUCGAGUAUGCUGCAGACACCACGGUUCUUGAUUCCCCAGCUGCCACCAUGACCAUAUACUGGGACUCGGUGGGGAAGGUGACCGCCCAGGCGGUUCAACAACGCAACGCAUCUAAGCUCUCGCCGUACAUCAAUGGUGUCGAUCCUCCGGCUUGGGGUAUGCAUUUUUCUAUACAGGGAGGUGCCGUCAGCUAUGGACCCUGGACAGACCGACUGAGAGCUGACUUGCAACGAGUCUUUUUCCCGGGUCUUUGCAAGGAUGCAUCUCCAACCCUUCCCCUUGAAGUUGGUGCUUGGAGGGUGCCGACUCAGUUUGAGCUCUUUGUCGAUCUUGAGGACACAGUUGUUAUGAGGGUACCAUUCCGAGAAGAGUCAAAGAAUUGGCGAUGGCGUGGACAAGAGCCGCAGCCGAAGCAGCCAAACAAGGCCAAGACACGAAGCAAACCGAAGAAGGAUAACAAGGCUGAAGCGGCGCCAGCACGCCAGGCGGCGUACCUGGAAAUCACCGUUCCAAAGGACUCAACGGUAUCGUACCUAAUGGAUAUGGUCGCUUCCGCGUCUGGCUAUUCCAACAGCCUGGACCUAGACCUGCGAUCCACCGAACUCCGCAGUACUGUGAACAAUGACAUCCUCUGGCAGUCCGGUCCACUCAAAGUAUCAUGCGACCUUUCCAACCCUCUAUCUUGGAAUACCCUGAGAACUUGGCAAUUUGAUAUAAACUUCGACGACCUUAGUCUGUAUAUUCUCCGGGAUCAUGUUUUCCUCCUUACAGACCUGAUCAAUGACUGGGCAGCAGGCCCACCUGCCGACUAUCUCACCUUUACACCAUUUAUAUACCGUAUUAACUUGAAGCUCGCCAAACCAAAAUUCUAUCUCAAUGUCAACGACUGCAAUAUUAUUGACAAUCCAACCAACCAUGAUGACAAUGGAUAUAUUGUUUUGUCAAGCCCUCUUCUGACCGCGGAAACAUCAAUACCAAUCGACAAAUACCGUCCUGAAAAGAACGUGAUCCCGUUCGAUGUGAAAGCAGAUAUUCUUGAUCUAAUGUUCCACACACCUCAAUGGAAUACCCAGGCCACUUUUGUCAAAUCAAAUGAGUUGGGCCGUGUACAUGGUCUCGAGCUUGGUGGCAAAUACCAUUAUUACACGACGACAUCUCCAUCCAAUACCGACACCCUUACGCUGAAUAUCUAUGGCCGUGAACCGCAUGCCUAUAUUUAUGGGUUUGUCAUUAGGUAUAUCCUCUUAUUGAAGGACAAUUAUUUUGGCGACUAUGUUCAUUUUCAUACAUUGGACGAAUACCAAGACCAGUUACAACGGAAAGAGCUCAAUUCUACCAUCGACCAGGCCCCAGUCAAAAAGUCCAAUGAUACCGAUAUCAUUCUUAGUAUUCAGGCAGACAACCCUCAUGUCAUGAUUCCGACAAAUAUUUACUCCUCCAGUCGCUAUGUUCAAGCAGAAUUGGCAACUAUAUCACUAGAUUUGCGGAUUACAAACUACAUCAUGGAUAUGGAGCUCUCUCUAAGUCCUGUCAGUUUAUCCCUAGGCAGCCCGGAGAUUGCGCUAGACUCCCCGAACGUUUCGUAUUCUAAUACACAGAUGUUCAUUGAUGGCGCGCGCGUCUUUGGGCAUCGCUUGAUGGGUCUUCCUCCUGCGGAACCAACCUAUCUAUGCAAUUGGGACGUUAAUGUGGGCGCUGUUUCAGGGGAGUUGACCGCAGAUUUUCUGUCAGCCCUUGCACACGGAGCUUCUGCUCUAGCAAUGACCUUCGAUGACGUCGAAAAUGCACUGAUUCCUUAUUCGUCAAUCGUGUUUGACGAUGUCACCUUUGCCCGCGUCAGCGUUGAAACCGUUAACCUGUGGCUCCACGUCGACGAGGCUGCCUUCCUUGUCUCAACUGAUGAUAUUGAUGUGGCGUUUAAUGACUGGGCUCGAUCACAUUAUUCAAAGAAACUCGAAGUCUUGGUUCCGAAUCUUAGAGUAUCUUGUGUCGAUGCCGAAUCUGCUGCGAGACAUAAAUCGCGGCAUCACCACCCGGUGGAGACGGAUGCCUAUUUCCAAACUGAUAUCCGUCUAGGUUCAAUCAAACGACAUCUUGAUUUCUCUGAAAAGCGGAGAUUGCAACAAGAGCUCCUUAGAAAGGAAGAUCAGCGCACAAAUCGAACCCCGUUUCUUUUUAUUCCAGAGCACUUGAGCGAAUACUUGCCAGAGCCUACCGAUCCGCCUGCACAAUGUGUGCCCAUGCCUCCGGCGCCGUUGUUGGAAUCGGAAUUGGGUUCCGGUUCAUCCUGGAAAGCUUCUAUAAGUCGAACGACUCCCAAUCUUGCGCGCAAGAGCUCAUUUCUGUCGCUUUCUGACUCGAGUGUGCGGCGGUCACGGAGCCGAAACGAGAGAGCAGCAAGCCCUAGAUAUGCCUCUCAAGCUAAAAGGGGAGACUCAUCAGCUAAACGGCCAUGGCUAGAAGCUGGCAACAGAGCUGAUUCCCCAUCUAGUAGUUUCAAUUCAAUUUUCUCACCUGGAGGAGGGGAGUCUGUAUUUGAAGAUUAUCAGCAGAGUUCCGCGGUGGCGUUCUCAAGCCAGUACCUCGAGCCCCAUUUUGGUCUUAAAGGAAUCCGCCCUGAUACUCGGGAGACUCCUUCGCAAAAUGACAGUGGCAAAGGAGAGCAAGAAGACUUCCUCAGCAACACAGUGGCAGAGUUGGGAGACAUCGAUCCGAACAGGUUAGAUGAAGACCACUUCUAUGACAGCAUACUGGUCGAGUUUCCCGCUGGCCUUUCGGGAUUUUUCAACCCCGAUGCUAUUAAAUAUGCGACCUCGCUCCUGGACGCUAUACUGCCUACUGACCCUGAAGAUAUACUCGAUAGUCUUCAGUCGGCACCAAUGGGGAAAAUUUCUGAUUUGUUAGAACGACAAGACGCAAGAGGUUCUAUAAAUGAUAUUCUUCUUCGGCUUCCAAGGGCCGAUAUUCGAUUCCUACAUUCGUCCACCCUUGACUCGUCAGACCUACCGCAGGAGGAACAAGACCAGUAUGACAUCUCAAUUGCAAGCGUUGCACUGGUCACUCGUACUGUUAAGGACUGGGGACUGCUAACCCACAAGGAGGAUGAGAGUUCAAAGACAUCUCUUCGCCUUGAGGUGGGACUUGCAGAGGUUUCUGCGGCAGAGCGAAUGUCAACUCUGCAAGAACCUCAAGCGGCAAUGAGGGUGCGAAUUGACAAAGUACUUGUUUCUGUCGGUGCGAAAGAUUUGACGUAUUUUGAUGCUGAUAUUGGGUCAGUGGUUGGUAGCACAUCAUCUGGGAAGAUCGAAUACCUUGCUUCUUUGAUUCAUAGAACGGGAAGCUUGGCUGUAGAUUUGGGAAAAUUGGUCCAGAGUACAGUUACACGACACGAAAGCCGACUCAAAUACUUCACAUAUCGUCUGCUCGAGGAAGGCCAUAUGACAAAUGACCCGUCGUUUCUUGUCCGCCCUUCAGCCGUGCUUAGAUCUGCUAAGGGUCAUUUGCGAACUUUUGACUCUUGGAAGCUUUCUAUGCGGCUUCGGCAAAUUUGGGACACAAUGGACGAGGAUGCGAGAUUUCAAGUUGUCGAUGGCAUGUGUAGAGAUGUACCCGCAGUGCCAUCUGAUGCUGUUGAUUUAGUUAUCACGGCAUUUCAGCGUUGGCGUAGUUGGGACCUGGGUAACGUUUCUGAAGCACUUUUCCUUAGGCACAUCUUCCCCGCCUUGGAAAAGGGGGAUACGGAGGUACCUCACAUUGAGUACCCCGUCCUUGGAGCCUUCAGGCUUGCUGAACUGCAAUUCGUUCUUGACCCUGGCCCAAAAGAGAACAAGAUCGCACUGAUGGAUCUUGCUGCCCGCCUAGACAAGAAGAUAGCUGGAUCGAGUGAGCUUCUUCCGGAAGUCGAUUGCCCUGAUGGACCCCUCAUCAUACUGAAUCUGUGCUGCAAGGAAGCAUCAAUCCAUUUGAACUGGGAGCUUUGUGAGUUGGCUGAGGAUAUUCUGCGAUUGUAUAAUCGCAACCAGGCGAGGGAAAUGCCCAAGGCGGAAGUCGCAAAGAAGGAGAUCAAACCGAAACAGAGCAGCCCUAUCGGUGUACAUGUUGUAUUCGAGGUUACCAAGGCAUCGACCCACGUAGAGACGAUCAAUCUCAAUGCUAAGUCGGUCAUGACCGGUUUCAGAACCUCAGCUCUAUUCUACGACAACAACGAAGAGUCAAGAUCUAUCAGUGCUAUGAUUCACUGUGAAACUUUGAGGUCAGAGCUGCACAAUCGGCUACAGCUCUUGGGAUUCUUUCACCUAUGGCAACCCAGUGUGUUUAUCUCGCACGAGAUGCUACCGAAAGAGGAUACACCGAUUCUCACCGUCAAAUCUAUGGCAAGCUGCCAAGGCCUUCAGCUUGCAAUCAAGCAGGAUCCGAUUGGGCUUAUGGAGGUCAUCGAUCUGCUAUUAAGAGAUGAGAUCUCGCACCUAUUACGUGUCCAGGCACAGGCUCCCAGCCAACCGAAGCCAAAGCAGGAUUCGAAGGAGGACGUCAAAAUGGCCGAUCGAUUCUCAAACGCGAAGAUCAAUGUUGCCAUGUUCCUAGACAAGUAUAGCAUCAGUGUAUCCCUCUUGCAGUCUCUAACCUACAAAAUCUCUGGCGCCGUAGCACGAGCCACGUGUGCGGCCAAUGUCGGUCGAGAUCUUGUGUUUGAUUUCGAUAUCAAAGAAAACUCCCAUGAGAUGCAGAUCGAUGUCCGCAACAAGCCAAAAAGCAUAUCUCUUCUCCAGAUUCCGCCUACCAAUGGUCGCAUAACGAGCCAGUUUCAGCAAUCUGACCAUGUGCUCACUGUCCUAUCUUCUGUUCAGCCUAUGCAUUUAGACGCCUCUGCAGUCUAUAGCCUGCUUACUGCUUUAAAUAGGCCACAGAUAUCAAGCGCAAUUCAGGACAUUCAGGCGCAAGCCAAAGUCAUACAGAGGCAGAUUACUGAUACUUUUGGCUCAGACUCAAGUAGGACUGAGAACUCUGAAGUUGAAAAGGAAUCAAGCUACAAAAUGGUGUAUAAUGUGCAUCUCACUUUCGAAGGCUUGCAGGUGUAUACAAUAACGCCGCUCAACUCCGCAACCGAACCUUCAGCUCAGGUUCUAUUCUUCUUGGACAGAGUCCACCUCCAAGCAUCCAACCGGCAUGAAGCCAACGGGCCUAUUUUGAAGUAUCCUGAGCUUCAUAUUAAUCUUCAACAAAUCGGUCUUGACAUCGCCCGAGGCCGGAAAGAUGCCAUGCGAUCGUGUGGAAGUUUUGGUGCAGGCAUUACAAUCUCAGCUAGCUCUCGCCACGGCGAGGAUGGCGAGGAGGAUUGGGCUUUCAAUUUCAAGAGCCCCGAGCUGGGCAUCUCUCUAUCCCCUGAAACAGUUUCGACCGUAGUGGCAGUCGUCGGUUACCUCAGAGAGAAGAUUAAGGAUCUUGAUACUUCGCGUGAAUUGGACUAUCUGCGAAAACUACGACAAUCAAAGCCGAAGAUCACAAUCGAGGACCGUCCACUGGAGGACGAUGAUAACGAAACAGACAUCAUUGAAUCUGUUCUUGGGGUAUUUGUCUAUAACUUUGAAUUACAAAACAUCCGGGCUUACUGGCUUGCUGCUGGUGAGAGCAACAGCAACUCUAAGGACGAGGAAGAUCUUGUUCUGCUGAUCAAGAUGAUUGAAUUUGGAACAAGAACGAAAAAGUCUGCCCGCUUGGCAAUUGAAGGGUUUCAGCUCCAAACUGUUCCUCCAGGCCAGGACAAGCAACUGAGGUCUCUUCAUUCAGCCCUGCUCCCAGAAGUUAUUUUCAAUAUUGCCUACGUUUCCACCGCGAACGCGAGACGAAUGGCGUUCCAAGCCGUUGGUCAGUCUCUUGACCUCCGACUGACCCCUGGAUUUAUUGUGCCUGCAGCCAAUCUGGUAGACUCGAUUCUACUAUCCGCCAAGAAUGUUCAGGAAGCGUAUUCCGACUGGGGCGAGACUCCAGUUGAGAUUAAAAAGACGGACGAGCAGCCCGCAACCCAACAGACGUGGAACCUGUUUGGAAAGAAGAGAUUAGAGAGUCUCCUCAUCGACGCAGACUUUGCUGGUGCUGUCGUGCAGGUAUCUAGUAAACGCAAUUUCAGUAACACAGCGCGAUCAUCAAAGCUUGGCAGACCGUCCUUGGCUGGGAAAUAUGGCCAAUUUAACGCGGACGAUACUGGCAGUGGCGCUGAGCUCCGAACCCCCGGACUUGCCUGGAAGAUUGAGUUCCGAGACAAUGGCCACGAUGACCCGAUUUUAUCCGGAGAAAUCAACAUCAACGCGUCAAGUAAUAUCCUCUACCCAUCAGUCGUACCACUUAUCAUGGACAUGGUGUCAAGUGUGAAGGAGGUUGUUGCAAAUGAUGGGGACGAUUCCACUCCGUCCACCCCCAACACCGUAACGCCCAAAUCGCAGAAAUCGGGUGAUGAGGAGAAUAUUCUUACAACUGAUCCAAGUGCAGUUCUAGGCCGAGUGCAACUUAACCUAGGUCUCCGAAUCUGCAAGCAAGAGUUCUCGCUGAGUUGUCAGCCUAUUGCUCGUGUGGCUGCAAUGGCGCGCUUUGACAACAUCUAUUUCACUGCAAAUACAGUCAAUUCACUGGAGCAGGGCAAUUUCUUCGCAAUCUCGGGCACCUUUACCAACCUGCAGGCAUCAGUGCAGCACGUUUAUUCACGGGAGUCGACUGGUAGUUUCGAUCUCGAAACCAUUACGCUUUCCUUUAUGAAUAGCAAACACGUGAGUGGCACAAGCGGUGUCUCAGCAAUUCUCAAUGUGAGCCCGAUGAGAAUAUCUGUCAACGCAAGACAGGUCCAAGACUUCCUUCUUUUCCGCGAGAUUUGGUAUCCAGAGGACCUGCGCAAGGGAGAUAGCCCGGAAGUUGCUAAACUCGUCACCGAAACUUCGCAAGGGCAUUUGGUGCAGCGAUAUCAGCAAGUCGCUGCUACGGCCGCGUUCCCAUGGACUGCAACCAUCUCAAUCGCGGCAUUGGAUGUCAGUGUCGACAUGGGACAGUCGAUCGGAAAGUCGGUCUUUGAAAUCAAAGAUUUCUGGGUGUCUUCAAAGAAGACAUCUGACUGGGAGCAGAAUCUCUGUCUAGGCUUCAAAAAGAUUGGGAUUGACUGCGCUGGUCGAUUAAGUGGCUUCAUCACACUCCAAGAUUUCAAACUACGGACUCUUAUUCAUUGGCCGAACAGAGCCGAGGCACUGAACAGUACCCCGCUGGUACAGGCAUCGCUGGGAUUCAAUACGUUACGGCUUAAGGUUGCCUUUGACUAUCAAGCAUUCCUGGUUGCAGAUAUCACCUCCCUAGAGUUCUUGAUGUACAAUGUUCGCGAGAACGGUGGUGAUCGCCUUGUGGCUAUGCUCGAAGGCGAUGCUGUGCAGGUUUUUGGCACAACAACAUCGUCCGCGCAGUUUGUCUCACUUUACCGAGCGUUUAAGAGGUUCGCUCAGGAACGGAAAGCCAACUUCGAAUCAUCCCUGGAGGAGAUUGAGAAAUUCAUGAAGCGAAAAACAAGCGUGGGACGGUUUACGUCACAGACCUCUGAUCGAGAGCCGCCACCAAAGGUACCCAAGGAAGACACCUUGUCAAAGUCACCAAUCUCUCUCGACACCGACGUCGUGGUUGCUUUGAAGGCAUUGAACUUGGGACUGUUCCCCAGCACCUUUUCCGAUAACCAGUUGUUCAAGAUUGAGGCACUAAACGCCUCCGCUCGGUUCGCAGCCAGCUUUGAGGACAGACGCAUCCACAGUCUGCUCAAACUCACUCUUGGUCAACUACGGAUUGGUCUUGCGGGUGUUCGUAGUUCAGAGGCGCCCAAAACCUUGAAUGAGCUCUCAGUCAAUGACGUGGUUCAGCGUGCGACGGGCUCACGCGGUGGCACAAUUCUGAAAGUCCCACAAGUUUCGGCGGUGAUGGAGACAUGGCAGAAGCCAAAUAGCAAUUCGAUUGACUACGUAUUUAAGAGUGCGUUUGAAGGAAAGGUGGAGGUCGGAUGGAACUACUCGCGGGUCAGCUACAUCCGAGGAAUGUGGGCGAAGCACUCGAAGGCUCUCGAACAGACAUGGGGCCGCGAACUUCCCAUGGCGGCCGUCAAGAUCACGGGAGUGCCGGAAGGCGAAGGAGAGGAUAAGGAUGGAGAGCAACUGAAGAUCACGGCAGAGGUCAAUGUGCCACAAUCCAAGUACAUUUACCAGGCCCUCGAGCCGCCGAUUAUCGAGACACCACAGCUGCGGGAUAUGGGAGAGGCGACACCGCCGCUCGAAUGGAUUGGGUUGCACAGAGACAGGCUUCCCAACCUGACUCAUCAGAUUCUCAUCGUGUCACUGCUGGAGUUAGCUGGCGAGGUCGAGGAUGCCUACUCUCGAAUCCUGGGAGCGUCCUAA